AUGUCUCAAUCACACGGCCAGAAAGUAACAACAGACCCCCACUCCAACAUCGCCAUCCACGAAGGCGUUGGCAUCGUCACCAGCGACUCCCUCGCCGCUGAAUCUCUCAAGGGUGACGGCUCCUUCGGCGAAGGCAACCCCAAGGCAGCUGCAUCUGCUCAACCUUCUGCCGGAAGCACAGCCAACAACACCGACACAAGCGGAGCUCGCAAGCUCGAUCCAGCCAUCGACGCUGAAGCGCGGGAUGCCGCCUCAGGAUGGAGUGAGCAGCAACAGCUCUCUGCUGGCAGCGGUCUUGGCCUAGGCAAGGAACACGGCGUAGGGCCUACAUACAACAAGGUCGGCGGCGCAACCGGCUACGGCACGAGCACGCAGCCACCCUCGUCUAACGUUGAGGAGAUCCAGGGAGGAUAUGCGGGCGCGGCUGAUAAAGUGAGGGAAGCAGAGGGGGCCUUCAAAAUGCCAGGCAAGAACGUUACCGAGGACCCCAAUCUUAGCGGCAAGACGGAGUUUGGAGCGAUUGGAACGAACAAGGACCCCGCGAGGCAGGCGGAAUUGGACCAGGUGAAGAAGAGUGCGGCUAGUGGGGGUGUUGGCUUGCAGAGUGGCCAGCAGGAAGGCGGCAGCAAGUUCAGCGGACUAAGCGACGAGGCUGCUUAG